AUGGACGGAGAUCUGUUUCCGUCGAUAGUGGCGGAGGUGGUUGCCCACGCUAUUGACUGCUUCCUUCUUGCUGUCGAGCGGCAGUCGCUUGAGGACGUGAAGCAGUGUGCAGAGACGGCAUGCACGGCGGUGUCGGACGCCUACCACAAGCAACCGCGGAAGCAAGAGCAUCAGCAGCAGCAGCAGCGUUCUUCUGUGAUCAACGUCAGGGAGUGGUUGUGCGUGCUGGACUCCAUGAUCUCCACAGCGCUGCCUCGCCUGCUCGCCUUUUUGCAGCGUUUGCAUGCCAGCGACGAAUUUGGCGCGUUGGCGCGUACCGUCUCGACGACGUUGGUGAACUUUGUCUUUUGCAGCAUCACUCUGUGCCGGUGUGUGGGAUGUGACGGGGUGCUGCAGCAGGAGGAGGAGCUGCUGCGGAGGCACACGGAGUUGCGUCAGGAGUUGAGCCGUGUGCUGGGCGUCCACUUUCCCCUCAUUGUGUACAACGCGGAGCAGCAGCUGUGGCAGCUAGAGGCUACAACGCAUCCAAUCGAUGCGGCACAUCUCCCGUCGCUGUACACCGUGCCACGCACGGCGGCGUGUCUGUCUUCGCACGACGGCUGGGUGUGGCUGCUGCUGGCGGCGACGACGCGCGGAAUGAUCGUCUUCUCGCCUCUCCCUCUGGGGACGGAGGAAGUGCGGCAGACUGGUGUGACGUCUGCCCUCCUCGCGAUGAACCCACAGGAUGUGUUUGACGCACCAUUUGGACGAAGACUCGUCGAGAUUCUCCUCGCUGUGUACACCUUCUCGUUGAAGCGGUGGAUGAUGCGCCUCCCAGUACUCGCGGAGGCGCUGCAGAGGUGGGGUAAAGCAGAUGCGAUGCCCUCGUCAGUCACGCCGCACAGCGAGCACUUCCACCACCACGACCAUCACCACCUCAGCAGCAGCAGCAGCAGCAGCACAGAUGAGAUGAUGCUGCCAUCGGAGGUAUGCAUAGUUGUUUGCAACCUCCUCUGGCACGUCUCUGACAUCAUUGUCACAGCGGGGCCAAUGCUAAAGCUCCUGCGGUUGUUGUCGCAGCUCGGUGUUGUGCGUGUUUUUUUUGUGACUCAUCAAUCAACUGUAUCGGCGGAUGCUGCUGCGAGCCUCGCGUUGAAGCUCUCGGAGUUUCUAGUUGUGGCAUCGGAGCGUGUUUUUUUGCGACCAGAUCGCGCAACAUGUCACAUUCUGCCGUGCGAGACUAGUGUGCCAUACUUGCAGCUUACGCUCCUCGAUUUGGCCGCGCACGCCUUGGAGGAGGUGAAGUCAGCCGCAAACUCGGCCCUUCCUGCGCGGCGCCGUUCCCCCUCCGCGCAUGGGGCGCUGAUCUACGCUUAUAGGCUGCGCAGCUGUGGCGCUGGGGCGGUGGAGUGCGAAGGCGCCGAUGCUGCGCAGGUGGACGCAUCAUUUGUUCAGUCGUUUGUGCUCGGUCUGGAGGAGGUGUUUUCAUGCCUACAUACCGUUGGAUACUCUGCGGAAUGUGCGUCAUCGUUGCAUCACUUUUUCGGUUCUGUGCAGAAGGCGUUGUGUGGGACUGCAGAGGAGCGGCUGAUGAACGCGCAGACGCUGCGGGAUGCUGGGGGACGCGGCUGUCCUGCUGUGCUGUCAAGUGGGGUAGUGUCAGCCCUAGAGCAUGUCCUCUCGCUGUACGAAGCGGUGGUGCGGCCGUUAUCAAGGACUGCUGCAGGCGACAGCAGCAUGCCACAGCACCGUUGCUACUGGCUUUUGGCGGUGUCAUACUUGCGGUUGAGCGGCUCCGAGGUGCGUCGGCAGCAGGAGGACGGCGCCACUGCAACUACCACCGCGGAUAAUAGCAGUGUGUUUUGCUGCUGCCGGCCAUCUGAGAGUGCACACUGGCUUCAGCUCGACAGGCGCGGCUCCUCAUGCAGCAGCUACGAGGAGUGGGUGCAGCUGCGCAGACUCGGCCAACAAGUUACGGAGAAGGGCACCCCCACAGUAUUUGGUAGUGCUUCCACAUUGCGUGACCGGCUUCUCUCUGCGGCUCUGCGCUUUCUCCUGUUGGCGCUGCGUGAAGCCAUCCGUGUAGAGGCCGCGGAAAGGGAUCAUUCAAUGAGACAGUGCGGAGAUCGCACCAGUGCCUCCACGACACCAAGCGAAGUUUCUCUGUCCAAUGUGUACUCUACCGCCUUCACCCGGUUCCUGCUUAUGAUGGACCAUGUGCAGGCUGCCAAGGUGGUGUACUGCUCUGAAGCAUGCUCUCGUACUAUUACUGAAUGCCGCUCUGCGCUAGCGUGGGAGAAAAAUGCGAACGGCUUGAUCACUGAAGAAGAAGUGAAUGCGGCACGGACGUACCAGUUAGCUGUAUCGCUCUUUCUCAUAUGA